ACGCGACACGCGAGUCAUUGCUGCCACCAUCUCCCCUCCCAAUGACAGGUCGGCCCCACCACGCAGCCCCCACCACCGUCGUCUCGCCACGCCGCGCCGCGCCGCGUCCCGCGGUGCGCGCCUAAAAUGCUUGUCGCUUCGCGCCACGGCGCUCACCCACGCCGCCGCCGCGCCGGAGGGAACGGCGUCGCCGACGAGCUCGCGUUGCCACUCGCGGGCGGCCUCGCGCUACUCCUCGCCUUCGUCACCGCCGCAGCCGUGCUCUCCGGUGGCGACCGCCGCGAGGAAGGCGAUCGCCGCCGGCCGGACCUGCCAGGCGGCGCGGCGGGCCCGCGAGUCGCCAUCUUCUCGGCGCCGCUGCCUCCGCCCGACAGCUCGCCGGCGCGGCAGGAGCUGGCGGUGCGGUCCUGGCUGGCGCUUCCGGGGAACGUCAGCGUCGUGCUCCUCGCCGCCCACCCGUCGGCUCACGCGCUCGCCGGGAGGCUCGGCGGCCGUGUCACCGUCGACGCCGCCAUAGAUAUCUCGUUCACCGGGACACCAUUCUUCCACUCCAUUGUUGCAAGAGCUCAAGCUGCUGAUUCCGACAUCUGCGUUCUCGUCGACGCCGAGAUCAUCCUGCUCCCGGAAACCAUCACAUUGCUGAAACAUUUCAGCAGAAGCGAUCUCGAUUGGCUCGUUUUUUCAGCGUCACGCAACAUUUCUGCUUUCCCCUAUCAUCUCGUUGACAAUGGGACGCAAUGGGCGGAUGAACAUGGCAAACAAGUCAGCUUCAAGAAGUUGCAGGAGAAUCAGUCUGACAAGUGGGCAGGACAUGGCAGUGACAGGGGGCUCAUUGUGGCAUGGAACAAUCCAAGCACUCGUAUGGUUGCAGGAGUAAUGCCUUCUUUUCUGAAUGGAAGAGGAGUACACAAUUGGUGGCUGAUUCAUGAGGUUCUCUCAUCUGAAACUAGACUUGUGUUUGAUGCAAGCAAUCUUGUUCUUGGAUUAUAUCCUGAAAAUUUCAGCGAAAAGCGCAGCACGAGCACUAGCAGAAAUGUUAGUAACCCUGAUGGAUCCUGGGAGUAUGAUGUCAAUCGACAUCUAGCUGCACUUUAUGGAUCGUAUUGCUAUGAAUUGCCAAGAAGAAACUCCCCCAUGGUGUAUAAAGUGGUGAAGCAGUUUGAAGAUUAUAUGUUUAGUAAAAAUGAAGGGCCAAACUUGUCAAAUUCUGUCAUAAACAAAGAACAAAAUGUACAUCCAGAGGGAGGUAGCCUGUGUGAAAAGGAGAUCAGCUACUCAUCAGCAGUUAAUUUGCCACAUUCUUUAGAAAUGCUCCUUGAACUUGUUGCUGACAAGAACAGGUCCGUUGUUCUUGCUGUGGCUGGUGCAAGUUACAGGGACAUGCUUAUGAGCUGGGUGUGCCGCUUGCGCCGUCUCCGGGUUACGAAUUUUGUAGUCUGUGCUCUAGAUCAGGAGACAUAUGAGUUUUCUGUUUUGCAGGGUAUGCCGGUUUCCAGAGAUACAUUAUCACCAAAUAAUGUCAGCUUUGAUGACUGCCACUUUGGAACCCAGUGUUUUCAGCAAGUGACCAAAGUCAAAUCAAGGAUUGUUCUGAAGAUUUUAAGACUGGGAUACAAUGUACUAUUGAGUGAUGUCGAUGUGUAUUGGUUCCAUAAUCCAGUGUCGUUCCUGCACUCUCUUGGCCCCGGCACAUUUGCAGCACAAUCAGAUGAAUUCAAUCAAACUGGACCCAUAAACAUGCCACGCCGGCUGAAUUCAGGUUUCUACUACGCGCGAUCAGACGACGCCACCAUCACCGCAAUGGAGAUGAUAGUAAAACAUGCAACAAAUUCAGGGCUAUCCGAGCAACCGAGUUUCUACGACAUCUUGUGCGGGAAAGAUGGCGCGAACCGCAUUGGCGACGACAGAUGCCUGGAGCCCAGCACGAACCUCACCAUCGUGUUCUUGAGCCGGGACAUGUUCCCCAAUGGAGCUUACGGUGGCCUCUGGGAGAAGAAGCAUGGUGUGAGCUCAGCUUGCAGGGAGCUUGGGUGUGUGAUCAUACACAACAACUGGGUGAAUGGGAGGAGGAAGAAGCUGCAUCGCCAGAUGGCCUCUGGGCUCUGGGACUAUGAUCCAGGCUCUAGGCUUUGCCUGCAGAAUUGGAGCAAUGCAAGUAGAUUCAGCGUUCAAACUGAUGAUCCCGUUUCAUAUGAUUCAUGACAUGUUCAACAUUCCAUAAUGAAAUUUCUGCAAUUUCGGGAAUUUCGAUACCCAUUACAAUAUCCUGUCAACCGAAAUUUCGGCAAUUUCCGAGAUUUCGUUUCUAUGGUGCCCAAAAAUGAUUUUUGAUUUC